AGAAUUAUUUUUUAACUCAUUUCGGCAACUCCGUUUGUCAACUUUGCAGCUGGAGACGUUCUGGGAUGAGUUCACUCUGCUGAAUGUAUUUGCAGUUUGAGGCACUAAAUUGACACCAUGCCUAAGAAGUUCAAGGGAGAAAAUAGUAAGGCAGUUGUUGCCAAAGCUCGCAAAGCCGAGAGGGCAGCCGACGAGAAAGCCAAGAAAGACAAAGCCAUAGAAGAUGCAUAUUGGGAAGAUGAUGACAAACAAGUUAAAAAAAAGAUGGCAAGAAAGGAAGAUAAAGAAAAGAAGAGGCAAGCAGAGUUGGAGAAAAAGGCAGAACUACGAGCUUUAGUAGAGAACGAAGAAUCAACAUUGACUCCAAAAGCUACACCGCAGAAAGUAACUCAGUAUGAGUUGAAGAGAAAUCAAGAAAGACAAGUUGAAUUGGAGCAGCAACUGAAAGAAAAAGAAGAUUCUAAGACACACCUUGACAAUCCCCUAAUUGAAAAUCUCAAUAGGGUAGAAGGUGAUGUGAUAUCAGCAAGUGGUAUUGAUGCAGCGCUGUCUGCUCUAAAUACUGAUGACAGUAACACAGACCGCCAUCCAGAGAAGAGAAUGGCAGCAGCUUUUAAGGCCUUUGAAGAGAAGAGACUACCACAGAUCAAGAAAGAAAAUCCAAAUUUGCGUAUGUCGCAGCAGAAGCAGAUGUUGCGUAAAGAAUGGCUGAAGAGCCCUGAGAAUCCUCUGAACCAAAGGAAAUGAUUAGAUAAACCAGUGAUAUACUAAGCAUAAUGAAUAUACCAUUGGAGGAAGGAUAUCUAAGAUCUCUUGAUUUAUUUUCAUGUUUGCAGUUAUGUAAAUCAAAAUGAGAUUACAACUCAGAUGAUAUAUAUCUAAGAAUUAUUUAAGAAUUUAUGUAGAAGUGAACUUUUUUUCAUCAUAAAGACUUUCAGUAUAAUUGUUAUCAUUGCGAAUUUUUUUUGCUUUUGGAAUAUAUCUACUCACUAUUUAUAUUGUCUUUUUUUUUUGUAUGUAUGAUUUUGUAUGUGGGUACUUGCAGGUGCAUGCUUGUUUGUAUGAGUGCAUGGAUUUGUUUUUGCUUUCAAAUAACUUCUAAAUGCACAAAAUUAGUGCAUAAAAUUUAUAACUUUAACAUCAUGACAAAAGUGAAGCUUCUGGGUUCCCCUUUUGCAGUUUUAUUAUGUUCUUGUUCUAAAUAUUGUUGACACUCCACACUGGAGGAAUAAACCUUUCUAUGUUCAAAGUGUUUGUUAGUUCUCCAGAAGGUGAUGUUUUAUUGAAUAUCAUAGGUUUUUAUAAUUUUUGCAAGUCCUUUUAUAGUGUCAUAAAAGAAAGGUGAUCACCUGUGUUUCAGUUCAGAAUGGUUAUCAAGGAAGGUUAAUUAGCUCCUAGGAUCAUUAAUGGCAUAUACAAAAUAUUGUUCAAGACUGACACAAAGCCAGUCUUUUAUCCUUUCAGCAUCUCUCUCACACUAUAGGAUGUGCACAGAAGAGAAGGAAAAAGAAAGGUGGAGAAGAAAAGACCAUGAAAAUUAGUUAAGGUGAGGGCUGAGGUCCAAGACUGGAGAUCCCCCACACUGGGCCUCAGUCCUCAUCUCCUAAGCCCCCCCAUGACAACAAUGGCCAUGAGGUUGACUGGGGAGGUCUUUCCUACAGAGGUAAAAUUUUGAAGUCAAUUAAAAAAAGAAGCAUCAGUAAUUUAUUCCAUUGCAAAUUGCAAAGUAUUUAACUAUAAAGUCUUCAGUAUUGUCUUAUUCUCUAACAUAAAAUCUGUUAUAAUGGUUGGUCACUACAUUUUAUGGGGAUGAUUUUCUUAUUUCCACCUUCUUUUCUUCAAAAAUGGGAAAUGCACUGACUUUUCUACUUCUAAUUUAACAUCCAGAUUAAUUUUUAAAAGUUAGAUUUGGUCUCUUGUGCUUAGUUAUCCCAUUCCUAAGGUGAUCUCCAAGCACCAUACUGGGCCACACACCAGACGUGGUGUAGAGUCAGCUGUUGAAGGGGAAAAUUAGAUUUACACUCUUGUCUGUGUCAUAAACAAUUAUAUAGGUAAUGAGUCUAAAUAGAUUUAAAGCUUUCCUUUGAAGACUUUCUCUCCUCCGUGACUGCAGUCAGGGUAAAAUAAGUGAACAACUGUAUAGCUCACAAUUUCAUGAAUGCUCAACCAUACAACAUUAUGGGACAUCAUCCUGGUGUGAGUGAUAGUCUAGCCAUAUGAUAUGAUAGGAUGUCAUUUGUUUCCAAUGGCUUAAACAUUUAGCUUAUUUUAUUUCUAAAGGAAAUGCAUAGUAUAUAAAUUUAGUAUAAGAAUUAGGAAAGAAAGAAAAAAAAUUGAAUUUCAAAGUUUGAGGUUUGUAUGCAAGAUGAUAUCCACAGCUGAGUUUAGACAGUUGAUGCCGUAGAAUAGAAAUGUGAUUCCCGAGGUCAACAAUAUAUUCAUACAGAUUUAU